UCUCGUCCUCUUAAAAACCGCAAAUUUGAUUUGUCUUCAGAGAAAGAAGCGAAUUCAGGAUCAUGGGCUGCAAUCUCUUGUCUUCUUCUCGAUUUUUCUCUUGUCCAAUUAAGGAAGUGGAUGGUUCUCUAAGGAAUUUGAGAAGCACAUUUUAUGGUGCCGAUAAAGUGUAUGGCAAAAGUCCUCUGAGAAGAAACAUAAAAGGCAAUGGUGGUAGCUUGUCUGUUGUGGCCUCAGUGUUUGGAAGGAGGGUCAAGGGCAGCCGAGAGACUGUAAUACCUGAUCCAGAUUACAGAAUUCCGAUAGUAUUACUUGGUGCUGCUGGUGGGUUAGCUUAUAAUGAAAAUUUGAUAGCAGCUGUCCCUGUUGGUCUUCUUGGGCUACUGCUACUGGUUCAGGCUACUCGUGUAAGAUUUGUCUUUGGCAAUGACGCAUUGGAGGUAAAAAUUGGAGAUCAGCUUGAGGAGUCUGGAGAAAAUGCGUUUGUGGGCGGAAAGAACCGUUGGAAAUAUUCAACUUUUGUGAAUUGGGAAUUAUGGUGGCCAAGUUUCCCAAUUCUGGUGUACUUUAAAGAGACUCAAACAAAGCCAGAAGGCCAAGUGCACUUCUUCCCAGUGAUAUUUAAUGGGAAGCAACUGUAUGAUGUCAUGGUUGAAAGAGCUGGUCCUUCAAAAACCAGCGGACCAAAAGAAUCAUAAAGAACACCCUUUUUCCAUCAAACAUGAUCAGUCACAUCAGCAUCAUUUAAGUAAAGUUUACCGUGUAAAUGAAGGAAGUAUGUACCACCGGAGUACUAGAAACUUUCGAACGAGUAUAGCUCAAGUUCUUGACAUGAACCAUUUGUAUAUAAGUAUACUCAUAAGAUCUCUCUUAUAUUUGGAUCUCUCUAGGGAAUGGAUUGGUGUACCUCUUAUUAA